GCGCUAUUGCAAAUUAGAACAGCAACCUCCCAGUCCAGUUCUUUUGUGGGAUAAAGGUCUCCUAUUGAGUAGUCCAUACUUUUGUGUUCGUUGCUUUGAAAAUUUCCCUCAGUUUUAACUUGUAGAUUCGCCUAAAUCAGCUAUGGAGUAUGCUAAAACCCUGGCCCCAUUAUCUGUGGUGAGAUCAGUAUCCUCAGUUGGCAUGUCACUCACACGGAAAAUACUACCUGCACGUCAGCCCCGCCUCUUUAGAGUCUGCACCCAUAACCGCUGCCGGAGCAGGACUGUGAUGGCCUCCUCGCUGGAUGAGCUUCUGGAAAAGGCGGCAAACAGCUUGCUGGUGGUGUUCCAGUUCCUGACGCUGGUGCUUGAGGAGGACGGUACAGUGGUGGACACAGAAGCCUUCUUCCAGUCCCUUCCUGCUAACACUCUGCUAAUGGUGCUGGAGAAAGGGCAGAUAUGGACACAAAGCAAGGGACUCCCAAGUUUCAGACGGCCCAAAAGAAGUGGAAUCGCCAAGUUGAGCUUUGACCUGUACAAGCUGAACCCGAGGGAUUUCAUUGGUUGCCUGACCAUUCGAGCUACGCUGUAUGAGAUCUACACACUGUCAUAUGAUAUAAAGUGCAUGGGGGCCAAGCACAUUCUGAAGUGCUUAUUGCGAUUCUUGACACAAGUGGCACGUGUAGUAGGCCAUACACUUCUGUGUGGCUCUUCCUACAUUCUACAGUGCAUCGGUGAAGAUGAGUACUAGUGUGGCAUCGUGGUAUGACUGUCGGCCCAAACCAAGCUUCUCUGACUCUGAAGCACCAUGGACUACACAAAGGAAUACACUGAGCCUGGCUGCCAAUGAACAUUGUGUACUGUCUCCCUAAGUAAGAAAUUUUAAAUGAUUUAAAACCUCAAACAGCCAUUUUCAUGGAGUAUUGCAGUCCAGCUGACAAUUUGUUGUUUUUCUGCCACGACUCCUUUGUGACUGGGAUGAAGAUGAAUCCAACGCUCAUAUCCACCCCUUGAAGUCACAGCUCAGUUGCAGUCAGUGAAACCACAUUGUAGUUGGCACACUGCAUUUUAAAUGUGCCCGUCUUUGAAUAGAGGAACAGAAUUAUAUAUCCAUGUCAGUGUUGUGAUGAUGUGAUGAUAGUGUCAUGAUAGUGUUUAAAGAUGAAGAUGGUCUUUAAGUGCUGUUUUAAAGUGCUGUUACAUGCAUUCCUGACCGAGGAGUGACCUGCUUAGUUUUACAGUAGAUGAAGUGUUUUGAAUAGGUUUUUAUGCUAUACCAACCAGAGUUACUGUCCAAUUAUGUCAUCUAUUUUUAAAAAAGUGUUAUUGGUUGGGGGUAUAUGUCUGGAAUUGUCUGGGAAGGAUGUUUGCACUGGUCUGACUGCACUGUUGUAUUUGGUGUUUUUACAGAGCUCUUAGCCAAACUUGAGCAUUUAAGCACAAAAGUGUUUAAUAGUAGGUCGCCUAAGGCCUCUAAACCCUCUUAAGGGUAAAGCUGGCUUGAGACCAAUUUGAGUGUUUCUGCACCUGCAUUUAUUUUGUGAUGUUAUUAACAUCACAAUGGAAUGCACUUUCCAUUCACAGUACUAAACACAAACACACCCCUGUAGUGUGCUGCGCCAUAAAUCUGAAUAAAGUUUGUUAUCCUAGCAGGCCUGUCUCUCCUGUGACCUUGUA